AUGAGAAAUCCCGCGAUCGAGGAACCAGAGAUGCGUUAUGCGUUAUGCGGCGGAAGAAACUUCUGCCAUGCAAUAUCUGACUUUACCGCCGAUUCAAAGGCUCGCGAAACGGAAGCGUCUCUCAGUGACGCUGACACGUAUGCCCUCGUCUCGAGAUACUACGCCCGAACUACCUCCGAUCGAGCUCGAUUUCGUCUGUCAGUAGUCAGGGCAUGGAGUUGCACCCUCGAAUCGGUUAGAACUUUGACAUCAAGUGAACCUACUGUUUUCAAAACGCCACCAAAAUCUCAAUUUGCUAAGCCUGAGGAUGGAUCAGACUUACCUGUGAAUACGAGUCUCGUUUUCGUCUGUGAUUCCUCCACUUACUCAUGGUCGGCGCUCCGUCAGCUUCUGCAAAUACUCGGGAUGCCAUUGACGACUAAGCUUCAAAGCGGCACUAUACUUGGUCGGGUGGCAAUCCGAAAUCUUUGUACUCACAGCUCAGCUAUUGGUCAUCUCCAUCUGAUAGUACUAGAGUGUGACAUAAUCAGAAUCGGUUACAGAGAGAUGACAUCCGGUUUACAUUAUUCUAACCAAGAAUAA